UUUUUUUUUUUCAGUUUAAAAUAUAUUCAAACCAUGACCAUCACCGUAGCGACAAAUAUUUUUCAGGAUGAACAUUCAAAACGCCUCUUUUACUUGACGGCAUACUCACUCACAAGCGCAGCCCUCAUGGGUUCAUCCAUCGGCUUGAUAGUUUAUCAGGGUCGACAAUUUUUCUUUUUAAACCUCCUCGGCAAUAUCAAUGACAACAAUUGUAGAAGCAGCAGCAGCAGCAGCAGCACAAGCAGUCCUGAUGAACGCUUCGAAAUCAUAAACACGUUUCCCUCAACAUUACAACAAUUCGGAACCUUCGUCCUAUCGACCUGGCUUCCAUUAACGGUCUGGUUCCUGGCAUUGAUCUCAAGCUCGUUGGUGAUCAAGUUUUAUAGACUAAUCCCUCGAGUCCUAAUGCCUCGGACGGCGAUCCUUUUCAGUCAAGCGGCCUUUGCCCUCUUCUGGGUCAUCCUCGGAUGUGUUCAAGAGGUGGAAGAAAAACUAUCGAAUUUUUCCUCCCUUACAUCAUCAUCAUCAUCUGCAGCUGCAUCUGUCAAUGGCAACAACAACAACAACAACAACAACAACAACAACAAUAACAAUAACAAUAACAACAACAGUGACAAUGUCGAGAUGGAUAAUGGGACAUUGUUAUUUUCUAGAGAGCGACUAGGGAUGGGUCAGGAUCAGGUUCUCAUGCUACAGAACAUCCGAUCGAUGUUGGUUCCUUUAUGCAUCGUUUGGUAUGGUGCUGUGGUGCUCCUAGGCGUAGCUACGGGAUUAUUGACAGCAGGUAGUACCCUGUUGGAGAGACAACUAGCGAAAGAGUCUUCUUCUUCUUCUUCUUCUUCUUCUUCUCAUGGAACAUUAUCAUUCACGACGCGAAAGGAAAAAGGAGAUGUUUCAGAAAUAACGCGUCAGGCGAAGCAUGAGGGGUUCUUUGAUGCAGUAACCAUUCAUAACAACAACAACGAUAGUAACAGUAACAAGGAUUGUCAUCCAAGACAAUAUACUAUGAUCCAAAAGCUUUUGCUUAGUGGAUGGGUCGUGGUCUUGGUAUGGAGUCAGAUGUGUUUCUUUCAAUGGAUUAUCUCAUAUGGUUCCCUGUCGGGUUCGAAGGGACAAGAACAGAGCGAAUCUAUCUGGACACCUGUAUCGACGUCAGUGACGAUGUUUGGCUUGGUUUCUGGAAUGGUGAUGAUUACCUUGGGCACUCGAUUGAUCCCUAUGCAUACUUCCGAUACUUCUUCUUCUUCCUCCUCCUCCUCUUCUUCUUCCGUUCAUUGUUUGGUGAAUGAGAAGUCUUUUUCGUCAGUUUAA